AUGGCCGCUGCUGAGGACUCGUCGAAGGCCACCUCGCCUGUUGGCUCCCCGCCUCGCAGCGGAAGCAUCCUCAAGCUGCCAUCCCUUCCAGCAUGGGCCACAAGUAGGACCCCUUCUCCCGCCAUGCGAAGCGGUACAACCAGCAAUCAGGAAGGCGAUCUGGAGGGUCAGAGAAAUCAGAGCGUGACCACCACCAGGAAAAGUCCACUAGCCUCCACCUCUCGAGCUUCUCCGUUGCCCAACGGAAGGUUCAUACCCGAAUCCGAGCGGGGCUGGGUGUACGAUGACGGCGGACGUGCCGAUAUAGCUUCCAAGAGAGGAGGUGAGCGCAGGAGGAGCUCCUUGGCCAGCAAACAGUGGCUCGACUUUAAGUCUUCGUCAAAGGUCAAGGCUGGUGAUCAGACUGCGACAUCGGAGGAUCGACCAGAGUUGAUGCGCACAAGAUCUCGGUCCACACCUGCCACGAACGCUGCCAAUGUCCAAGCGGGGCUGCGAGGCGAUGCGCUCUCCGCAGCUGCUUCUAGGGCAGCUCCUGUAAUGGAAGAGGAGACGGAAUCGGAGCAGCGUGUUUUCCAGCGAGGUCUUGACCAGCGCGAUGUCGUGGACGAGGACGUUGCAAGGCCUUCGAGCAGGAAGAACUCUUUUGACGCCUCGGCUGAACAUGGAUCCGUUUCGUUCCGGCAAAGAAGGCGACGGCGAUCGCUGCAGGAAGCUUCACAAUCAGAAGCGAUGUAUGACGAAGAGGACCUCAAGAAUGCUUCACGCUCGCACAGAUUGCAGGUCGAUACAGAAGUACCCGUGCGUGCCGUACAGGUAGCACAGGGCGCUUCAUCUCGUGAGAGAGCAGAUCAGUCAGGGGCCGUUGAGGAUGUUCAGUUGCGAGUCGCAGGCUCGCAUCCUCUGUCACCAAUCGAGUCGCCACCGCCUGUGGUGCACACCCCAAGGGGCUAUCCCUGGCGAGAUAUGACGAUGUCGACAAGCUCGAGCAAAGCAUCUUCGGGCCUGCCUACCUUCAUCUCUCCGAGCCACAGAAAUCCCACAGCUAAGCAAGCGUUCUAUGAUACGCACUUUGGGGCUUCUUCGGGCUGGCAAAGCUUGAGUAGCUUGGCUGAGCCUGUUCGACACCCUUGGGACACACUGCGCGGGAAGCGCAAGCAUGCCAAAGGCUCAGGAGCGGUCGAUCCGAUCGACAGGGUGAGAGAUGAAGCGGAGCAGCACGCUAAGCAACAGCAACAGCAGCAGAGCCAAUCGAUCCUCAAUGCGGGUACAAAUCGUAUCAAGGAGAUGCUUAGCGGAUGGAAUGGGCUUACCAGUCUGGGAGUUCUGGGUCCAUCGUCCAUGUCCAACGAUGGUCCUCAAAGUGCACGCAAUGGCCCGACGCCAGGGCCAAAUACCGCGGUACCGAGCGUAGCGGCCGCGUACGAGCCGGAACUGAUACCAACUGUGCACAAGGAUCCCAGUGCCAAACGAUACUUUGACAACAUCGAGGGCAACGUGGUGAUUAUGGGCGGGUACAGAGGCAGUGUGCUACGAGACGCCGAAACGGGACAGAUGCUGUGGAUUCCGAUCAAGGUGCGUCGCCCUGAACGCCACGCGCCUUACGCACACUCGCCGCAUGUUGAGACUUUGUCAGUCCAUCAUUUUCCCAACAGGUCGGCGUCGGGCUCCGCAGACCAACGCUGGAGCUUGAUCUGGACGUGCAGGCAGAGGCAAAUUCCGAAGAGCUAGUGGUGCCGGGUGAAUCUCUGAUGGGCAUCGGCCGUCUGGUAGACAUGGGUGGACGACUAGCUUCUCGCAUCGAAGCGGGCAAGAAGCGACCUACAGUGCAUUCGUGGGGCUACGAUUGGAGACUCAGCCUGCACAGAUCGAGCGAGCGCCUUAGGGAAUUUCUGACAAAGCUCUACGAGGAGAGCCAUGCGGAAGAGUCCAAGCGCCAGGGAGCCACUGUUGUUGCUCAUUCCAUGGGCGGCCUGGUUGCUCUGCACGCACUUGCUCAGACAAGCAAUCCCAAGAUCUUCGACAAGCUCGUUUUGGCCUCAACUCCGUUUGCGGGCACUGCAAACAUUCUCGGACCGUUUCGGUAUGGAGAUGCUGCUUUAUUUAAUGACGAAGGUGAGCUUCUGCCGCCCGCUCAAGUUUGUGCGCCAGCCGCCCGACGACUCACACACACUCCGUGCUGUCCUUUAGUCUGUUCUCCUCGCGCCACUUUCUCUUUUAGAUCUUCGUUCAGCCUGCUUCCGCGUGAUGGCAGAUGUUUCGAGUCGGAGGAUGGCAAACCUUUCGACCUGGACUUUUUCGACCCAAACGUGUGGGAUGAUUUGGGACUCACUCCUUGUCUGGAGGCUGGGCGCUUCAAAGAGUAUCAAGCGCGUGUCCAGUCCGAAGAAAAGACGCAGCUGCCAGCUUUGGACGAGCAUCGAUCUAGCGAAGCUUCUGUAGACAGUCGGAGGGCCGAUCAUGCGCAAAGCAAUAAUUUGGGUCUGGAUGGCGGAUUAGAUCUGCAGCUGGCUGGCAAAGCCUCUUCCCCGAAAGGUGGGCAAGCAGUCGCCAAGGCUGUCCAAGGUACUGCAGAAGCAAGUAGAAAUAUCGCAGAGACGAGCAAGAUGAUCAAAGACGAAAGUUUGAAUGCUUUGCCAAUUGCCCCUGCUCAGUAUCGUGCUCCGACGACGACGAACGAGGAGGCAAAGAAGAAUACUGACGCCGCACAAGCCGAAUCGACUGCCCCGUCGGAAGAAGAGACCUGGGCAUAUCUGGUUCGGGUGAGUCCGGUGGAUCAUCUCGCCGUGCAUCUAGACGUCCGCUUAUGACAGGAUCUGGUGGCCUUGCAGACCCUUGACGAGACAAGACGCUUUCACAAAGAGCUUGAAGACGGAUUUGACGAAGCACGUCUCAACGAUGGACAAUACCCGCCUAUCGCUAUCCUGGCGUCAGGUCGAACACCGACGGUCCGAGGUGCUCUGGUGCGCACGGAAAAUGCGCCCUCUGAACAAAGCUCCGAAGCGGAGAGCUGGAAGAUCGGCGUGAGGGCGGGAGAUUAUUCCCGCAUGCUAUACGAGCCCGGAGAUGGCGUCAUUACGCUUCGAAGCGCCAUGGAUCUUCCUGGUUCUUGGUCCAAGCUUCUUGUUCGAGGAGAGGGAAAGUUGGGAGAACAUCAUACUUCUCACAGACACGUCACCCUGCUCUCGGAUGUGCAGGGCAUCGGAAGAUGCGUCGAAAAGUGUCGCCUGGCUAGAGCCAAGCAAGCACUUUGA